AUGAAGCCUCAGCCUCAUGCUGUGUUGAUCCCAUACCCAGCACAGGGCCACAUAGCCCCUGUCCUGAAGCUGGCCAAGCUCCUCCACUCAAAGGGCUUCUUCAUCACCUUCGUCAACACCGAGUUCAACCACAACCGACUCCUUAGGGCCCGUGGGCCAGAAUCCGUAUCGGGCCUACCGGGCUUCCAGUUCCGGACCAUCCCCGAUGGGCUGCCCCCGUCCGACAAGGACGCCACACAGGACAUACCCGCGCUCUGCGACUCCCUCGACAAGAACGGAUGCGCCCCGUUUUUGGACCUAAUCGGGAGCCUCAACGGGUCGACCGACUGCCCGAAUGUGAGUUGCAUUGUGUCGGAUGGGGUGAUGAGCUUCACUCUUGACGCGGCGGAGAAGCUCGGUAUUCCGGAGGUUGUCUUCUUCACCACUAGUGCUUGUGGCUUCUUGGCUUAUUGUCACUAUGCUGAGCUCAAGGCCAGGGGAUUAUUUCCACUCAAAGAUGAGAGCCAAAUCACAAACGGGUAUCUUGAAACCGAGGUUGAGUGGGUCCCCGGGAUGGAAAACAUUAGGCUUCGGGACUUCCCCAGCUUCAUUCGGACCACGGACCCGGACGACAUCAUGGUCAACUACAACAUCCUCCAGACCAAAAACGCUUCGCGGGCCCGGGCCGUCAUCCUCAACACUUUCGACGACCUCGAGCGGCCCGUUCUGGCCGCCCUCCGCCGCAUAUUCGACAGCGUUCUCACCGUGGGCCCGCUCCAGCUCCUCGAGCACCGGCUCGUCCAGAGCCCCGAUACCCGGUCCAUCGGGUCGAGCCUAUGGAAGGAGGACGACGCGUGCGUGCCGUGGCUCGACCGACGGGCCCCGGACUCGGUCCUCUACGUCAACUUCGGGAGCAUCACCGUGUUGUCGCCCGAGCAGUUGCUCGAGUUCGCGUGGGGCCUCGCGAAUAGCGGCCACCACUUUCUGUGGAUAAUCCGGCCCGAUCUGGUGACCGGGGAUAAGGCGGUCCUGCCCGAGGAGUACUCGAAGGAGGUCUCGGGGCGGGCUAUGAUGGUGGGCUGGUGCUCGCAGGAGCGGGUCCUGGCCCACCCGGCGGUUGGGGGGUUUCUGACGCACUCGGGCUGGAACUCGACCGUCGAGGGGGUGUCAGAGGGCGUGCCGAUGAUUAGUUGGCCGUUUUUCGCGGAGCAACAGACGAAUUGCCGGUACGUGUGUCGCGAUUGGGGGAUGGGUGUGGAGAUUGAAGGGGAGGUGAGGAGAGAUAAAGUGGCCGAGCUUGUGAAGGUGUUGAUGGAAGGGGAGAAAGGGAAGGAGAUGCGGAAGAGGGCCGCCGGGUGGAAGGAGAAGGCCCGUUUGGCCGUAGGGCCCGACGGGUCGUCGUACAAGAAUUUGGAGAGCGUCGUUGAGAAUGACCCCAUAUCAGCAAGAAACUUUUCAAAAAAGGCGUCCCCGGAAGACUUGCCUCUGCCGUCCACCGUCACCUCGUCUUCCUCCAACCCUAGCUCCAAGCCAGAAAUCCCCAAAUCAAAGCCUGAACCCUCCUUUAAAUCCCUCGCCGAGGAGCAGAUCAACGAGACGACAGAGGAGAAUGUUUCUCGGCGGCGAACGAGACUGACAGAGGGACAAGGAGGGGCAGGGGAAUUGGUGUUGGGAUUGGGAGUCUUUGCACAGGAAAUUUUCUCGCAGGAUAGCCAGUGGUGGAGGCAGCGAAGGGCUAUUCGGAGGAUGAGUGAAACUCUCAAGAAAAAUCGUCUCCUCGAAGAACAAUGUACUGAGGCUAGGAGUGUUGUUGGUGAAAAGAAUGGUGAGGGUACAGGGGCAUCAGAGAUACAUGAUGAGGUUGGUGAAAGAACCAUUGAGGGUAGAGGUGCAGCAUCAGAGGUGCAUGAUGAGGUUGGUGAAAAAAUCACUGAUGGUAGAGGUGCAGCAUCAGAGAGAGUGGGCUCAACCAUUUUAGAAGCAGUGGACUUCAAGGAGCACAUACUGAUGAAGCUGAUAUGGAUAAUUUUAGUGAUGACCAGUGUGCACUUAUGA